CCGGCCCUUAGGUGCUUCCGGGUUCCGGUCUAGCCAAGGUUUGCGAUUCUGUUGCGCAGUUUGGAUGAGCUGAGACUGGCUAAGAGUGGAUUUACAGCCGACGUAGCUGGAACUGGUGUUGGAGAUUCCUUCAUCGAGGAAGAAACCUAAAGGAUCUCAGCGGCGCGGCGAUCGACCAUUCAUUCCCAAGCCAGACACGCCUCGUACCGCAGAAUCCGGCUGCGGUGUGCGGACAUGGAGUCCUGCAGGGCCUGUGACUUUCUGCUUUCAUCCAAAGCUCAGCCCCAAACUCCGUGUUUGCCUUUCCCCUCUGACCGUAGUGACCGUUUCAGAGACUCUAGGGGUGCAGACUGCACUUGAUGAAGACUAAGUCAGAUCCUGGUCGGGAGGCCAUGUUGCGUCGCACUCCGCGUGUCCGUGUCCUGCCUGCGAAGAUGUUGGAAAUAGCAUACGGAGAAAGAUCUUUUGCUUUGGUUUUUAACCUUCAAGGAACACAUUGCUCCAGAUUACAGAAUCGCAAGAGCUGAUGGGAGAGGAAUCCCUUCUCAAAUUCAACCAGUUUCGCCUCUAUUGAGCGACUCCUUCUUAACAGACCGGACUCUUAGCAAGGGUCUGUCACCGCUGGAAGAAGCUCGUGGACGACCGGUGGCUGUGGCGACACGUCGACCUGACGCUCUACACGGGUCUUCCACUGAACUUGGAGCUUUCCAGGUGGUCUGGACAGGCUGGCCAGAACUCUGGAUCCUCCUGCCUCAGCCUCCCUGUGUGCUGGCCGGGAUUAAGGCAUUGCGUCUUGAUACCCAGCAAAAGAAACUGCUUUUCUCUAGGGAAGGAAGCUCAUAGAAGAACAGAAUUCCAGGGAGACAUCAGAACCCAGAUACCAGAUGCGGCCGAAAGUCAUGUGGCACCUCCUGCGCCGGUACAUGGCAUCCCGGCUCCACUCACUGCGCAUGGGUGGCUACCUGUUUUCUGGCUCUCAGGCCCCACAGCUGUCCCCUGCCUUGAUGCGGGCCCUGGGUCAGAAAUGCCCCAACCUGAAGCGCCUGUGCCUGCACGUGGCUGACCUCAGCAUGGUGCCUAUCACCAGCCUGCCCAGCACACUGAGGACCCUGGAGCUGCACAGCUGCGAAAUCUCGAUGAUCUGGUUGCAGAAAGAGCAGGACCCCACGGUGCUGCCACUGCUGGAAUGCAUCGUGCUAGACCGAGUGCCGGCCUUCCGCGAUGAGCACCUGCAGGGCCUUACCCGCUUCCGAGCCCUGCGCUCGCUAGUGCUGGGUGGCACCUACCGGGUCACUGAAACCGGGCUGGAUGCCAGCCUGCAGGAGCUCAGCUACCUGCAACGGCUGGAAGUGCUGGGCUGCACCUUGUCAGCUGACAGCACCCUGCUGGCCGUCAGCCGUCACCUCCGAGACCUGCGCAAGAUUCGGCUGACCGUUGGGGGCCUCUCAGCCCAGGGCCUGGUCUUCCUGGAGGGAAUGCCUGUCCUGGAGAGUGUGUGCUUACAGGGCCCCCUUAUCACCCCAGAAAUGCCCACACCCACUCAGAUUGUGUCCUCCUGUCUCACCAUGCCUAAGCUCAGAGUGCUUGAGGUGCAAGGGCUGGGCUGGGAGGGCCAGGAAGCAGAGAAGAUCUUGUGCAAGGGCCUGCCCCACUGCAGAGUUAUUGUCAGGGCCUGUCCCAAAGAGUCCAUGGAUUGGUGGAUGUGAGGGCACCACCCAUCCACCUCUGGAACCUAACCGAGCUUUGAAAGUGACCUUCCAAGGAAACUGAAACAUGUAAAUUAAUCAGUCGUGAGGGAACUGGGGGGUCUCAAGGAAAGCAAGCUGGGACCCUGGGGCUUCCUGAGCUGAGGUUGUCUGUAAUCUGGGUCACCUCAGACUUGGCAUCAGGCCUCUGAAAGAUCCAGCUCACACAUUUAGGAAUAGCAUCAUAGCUACCUCAUGAUUCAUUUUAAAAUCUUUACCCCCUCCACCCCACCCCCCUCUUUUUUCCAGUACCUGGGACUCAAACCCAUGGCCCUAGGUAUGGUAGACAAGCACUGCUGUGCUGUUGGGCCACACUGGAGCCCUGGGAAGCCUUAACAGGCCCCAGAGACACUUAGGGCUUAUUUUCAGGAGUGGUCAGGUGUAGGUGCAUGGGGUUCAGGACUCUGCAGUCAGCUUGGUUUUCUACCUACAUGGUUGAGAAAUGUGGAGGUCAGGGGCAGGAGCAUGGUGUUGGAUUGUCCUACUUUUCUAAAAGGUUCUCAAUCAUAUUUACUGUAUUUUGUAUCCUGCCUUUUCAAGUUUUCUACAGCAUAUAAAUUUUACUAUUAAAGAAAAAUAAUGUUUUUCAAA